CACACAUACACACACAUAUACACACUGCUCCACAACUGGCAGAAAGAAAAAAAAAGAAAAAAACCUCAGACAUGGAUGACCCACUCACAAAAUGGCUCCACUUACACAGUAACAUCAACAACACGGCUGGAACGGACGUAGUGGACUCGAGCGAGUGGUGACGGUAGCCUAUAAAAAUGAUGGAAAAACGGCAGCCGGAGCUUUGUCCUGGAAGUCCCGAUGCAGAGUCCGGUCCUGGAAAGCGGGAGGACUCCUCCAUCAUCUCCAGACAGAACGGAUGCAAGGAGGACGAGGAGCCGAGGAGAAAGGAGAGGGAGGAGGAGGAUGAGGAGGAGGAGAGGGGAGGGAGCUUCAAGGGGGCUGAGGAGACGGAUGACGUUCCUCUGCAGAACUCCAGCAACGGGACCAGCAUCAGCGUCAUCAUCAACGGCGUUGCCAAGGAAACUGCCUCUCACAACGCCCUUGACCUGAAAAGGGAAGUGCCGGUGAUCGAGCUCUCCAGGAGGGACGCUAUAAAAGCGGUGGAGCAGAGGACUGAAAGCCAUUUGGUGCCGAUCACAGAACUUCGCAGACCUCCACCGCUGCCGCUGCCGCCGCCGCAACGAGACGACGCUCGAAUGGUCCAGCUGAGCCCAAACGCGUUUCCUGUCCCGGCCCGGGCGAUGCUCUACAACCUGGCGCAGCCUCUCGCCGCCAUCAACAGUCUCGGAGGGGAGUCGGAGCAGUACAGCAUGUACCCAAGCAACAGGGUAAAGCGCCGCCCUGCGCCUUAUGAGGUUGAACUCGACGAGGGUAGGCGCAUUUUAGAUCUUUAUAAGUAUGCUGGCCAGCCAAAGAUUGUACGUCGUAUCUUCACGAACAGCCGUGAACGCUGGCGGCAGCAGAAUGUAAACGGAGCGUUUGCAGAGCUCCGUAAACUCAUCCCCACUCACCCUCCGGACAAGAAGCUGAGCAAGAACGAGAUCCUGCGGCUUGCUAUGAAGUACAUCAGCUUCCUCUCCAACCUCCUGGAGGACCAGGAUGGAGGGAGGAAUGUUGGCAGCACAACUGAUGGGGAAACUGGGCUGCUGGUUGGGGCCCACGAGGGGGGCCCUCAGGGUGGACCACAUCAGGAAACAGUGGUGGGCUUGGCCAGGGACGAUCUUCUGGAGACAAUGUCACCAGGCUCCAGCUGUGGAAGCCUGCCUGAUGGCGAUGCUGAGGGCAGUCCUGAGAGCUUUAUGGAGGACCAGGACUCACCUCCGGCUCCAAGGACUCUACCGGCUUCACGUGGACCUCCGCUCCAUCUAGCUGCUAGGGAUCUGAGGCGCAAUGGACGCCCAUUAGAUGGCUCCAGUCGCCGAUGAUGCUCUGCCAAUAGACCAUGGACAAAACUCCUGAGACUGAAAGAGAACAAUGAGAGAGACUAAAAAAGAGAUGGAUAUGCUCAGGACCCCGUUAAACACUGAGACAUUGGUUAUAGGAAGCAGAAUCAAGCACCAUGUAGUGAGAUAGUGUUGUCCAACAUGGAUCAUGAGUACCUGUCUCCACACUACAUCUGAGACAGCACUGAUGAAUAGCUUGGUUUGAUUGGUGAUCGAUUGAAUUUGAUCCAACAAAAGACUUGUAAAUUCUGCAUGUCUCAUGUCUUUGACUGACCUGCGGAUCAUAACUUUCCGUGCUUUGAAAGUCCAAAGACUGGUUAUUCUAAAAAAAAUUUAAAAAAUUAAAAAAAAAAUCAAAAAAAGAAAGAACAAGCAAUCAAAGCAAAACAAAACAAGACCAAACAAAAGAAACAAUCAACAAUGACAACGAUGUAAUUUUGAAGUUUUGACCAAUGCUUCGAUGAUGAUACUUUUGGUUACAAGAAGUAGCCAGAAUAGCCAGAAAACCUGGAGAUUUAUGCCCAACAAAUUUGAUGUGUUAGAAUAAUGACACAAAAGUAAGUUUGCCUCAGUUGGAGGCCGUAAAUAAAUGGACUGGACGCUAAUUGUACCCAUGCAGUUAUGUAUUGUAAAUAGCAUUAUAUUUUCACUGCACAAUGUAAUAACAGUGACUCAAGUAAUGUGGUUUAAGAUGUACCGUAGUGUGUUUGUUGACGGGUUUACUUGCAAAAUGGUCUUUUAGGAGACAGGAAACGAAAAGAAAGGAGAGAAGAGAUGAGAGAAACUCAAAAUGUAAAAACAAACAGCUGAACGUAGUACAUCUAAUGUGGUACCUUUUACUUCUGUUACACUUUGGUGAUGAGAAAACGACACCAAAUACGGCAACAGACAGUUAAACAGUUUCACUGCCUGAACAUGAAUUUAAUUAUUUGAAUUUGCUGUGGAGGUACAAGACAUGCAGUGAUUCUUAAAGUGUACAAAAUGUGGGUCAUAUGAAAAUCAUGGAAAUGACUCAUGCAGUCCUUUUGAUAUGAAUGUCUGUUUCAGUGUUUUUUUUUAACUGUAAUGCAGUUGUAGUUUAGUAAGGUACACAAAUAAAUCCCUUUGUUACCACAUUUGACACACAGACACACACACACGCACACACACACAAACAGAUACACA